AAUUAGACAAUUUCCUAUGCUCUUAUUUUAUGGAACUGAUAGUGAGGAAUUGGUUUUAUUUCUUCUCUCCCUGUUUGGAGAGAAGUCAUGUGGAAUUGAUGUAUUAUUUAUGGGAAAGUUUGAAUUACAAACCCAAAGCCACAAAAAAGGUAUGGAUUACCUUUAUGUGGGUUUUUCAUUUGUUUUAUGUAAAUUGAGGUAGCUCUGUCUUUUAAGGAAUUUGUCCGUACAGUCUACACUGUAGAAUUUCUUAUCACAAAUAUGUUCAUGAUAUUCUCUUAUUAUCAUGCUAUCUGUAGAAUUUGUGAUUUUCUCAUUCCCCUCCUUGAUAAUUUAUUUGUUCUCUCUCUCAUGCUCUUUUUCGUGAUCUGAUCAGUCUGGCUAGAACUUUAGCAAGUUAAUUGCUCUGAAAAAAUCCACUGUUGUCUCAUCGCUUUCCUCUGGUGAUUUCUAUUUCCAGUUCUCUGACUUCUGCUCUGAUGUGAGCCCUCAGGGAAGGUAGAUCACACACUGCCAUUUUCGUUUGUCCAUGACCAUCCUAUGAGAGCGCCUCAGGCUGCAAGGUGAAUAGAGACUAAGCAAAUGUCCAGUAAGAGGGUGACUUGUGGGGGGCAUCUGUUGUUCUAGCAAGGAUGAUGCUCAAAGGUUUGCUGCAGAAUCUCUCCCUGAGGGCUCCCCUGGGUGUCCCCUGACUCACACCAAUGGGCUCAGCCAGGAAGGUACUUGGGAACCCUGCAUAGUCCAGUUCAGUCCAAUGCAGCACACAUUCCUGUGCAAGACACAGCACAGGAGCUGUGGAAGGAGGGGGAAAACGUGAGGAUGACCACCCUAAAUUCAAGGAGUGCUCAGCAGAAUAGGGGAGAACAAUGCAUAUUCUCCUGAAGGAGGGCACCUGAGGUGAUGGGGUGAGCCCUCGGCAGAGGUCUCUCCACACCUCUGGCUAGAAAGUAGAAGCAUGGAGGGCAGAGAGAGGCAUCUCAGCCGAGUGCUGGGUCAGCUCUGGGCAGGUGAUUAUCCCCCGCAUGCAGUGUAUCUACCAGAUACUCUUCAUGAAAUCCCGGGAUGGUCCAUGUUGGAGGGGUUGUCCCCUUUUUUAGCAAUUCAUAGGCUUCACAGGUGUGGAAAUAGAAAGAUGAGUAGCAAUGGCCAUACAGUGCAGAAACACAUGUGGUCAAUUUCUGGUCAGUCAGGAGUCACUGCAAAGGGCCUUGCUGUCUUUUCUUGGAGCAGGAGAAUGAGAAUUUGUUUUGGGGCUUAGAGUGUUUUCUAGUCUGUAGAUAACAUCCACAUUUUGCUUUGAGUCAAAAUUUCAAAAAUACAAGCUUUCUUUUAUUUUCUGUAUUUAUUUUCUCUCCUAUUUAUCUUUCUGUAUUGUCAGAGUCCAAGGCAGUGCUUAAUAAUUAGUUUCUAAAGCACAUUGUAGUAUUAAGCAGGAUAAAUUUGUAAGGCAAAGAUAAUAAGAUAGUCUUAUCCGGAGAGCAUAGAGUGGGUGUCUCAGCAGCUGCCCACUUUUUAUUGUGCUUAUGAGUCAAUCAUUGGCAGCAGUGUGAUUUGUUCUAUGAACAUGUGUAUUCACGCCCUCUUCUGAGCGCAGGUUUUGUGCCUGCCCUUCUUCCUCCUGCUGUGUCACUGGAGCUUAGCGUUCAGGCAGCCCGAUUGCUCUGGGCUGUGGUUCUGCGAUGGCUCCUGCAGGGCUGCCCAGCCUGCUCCCCCUGUGUGCGUGUCUGCUGCUCACACCUGGCCUGGCCGAGGCAGGCAAGCUGCUGGUGGUGCCCAUGGAUGGAAGCUCAACCACUGGUUUUUUUGAGCUAAUUUUUUCACACUGUAGAAGUUUGUUUAAUGACCGAAAAUUAGUAGAAUACUUAAGAGAAAGCUCUUUUGAUGCUGUGUUUCUGGACCCUUUUGAUAUGUGUGGCUUAAUAGUUGCCAAGUACUUUUCACUGCCCUCUGUGGUCUUCAGCAGGGGGAUAUUUUGCCAUUAUCUUGAAGAAGGUGCGCAGGUCCCUGCUUCUCUUUCUUACGUCCCCAGAGGUCUCUCAGGGUUUUCGGACACUAUGACUUUUGAGGAGAGAGUAUGGAACCACAUCUUCUACUUGGGGGACCAUUUAUUUUGCCCCAUUUUUAUACAAACGGCCUUAGAAAUUGCCUCUGAAAUCCUGCAGACACCUGUUACAGCAUAUGAUCUGUACAGCCACACAUCAGUCUGGUUGCUGCGAACUGACUUUGUUUUGGAAUCUCCCAGACCCCUGAUGCCCAACAUGAUCUUCAUCGGGGGCAUCAACUGCCACCAGGGAAAGCCACUGCCUGAGAGAGCUUCCAGACUGCUGAAGGCAUGGAGAGAGUUGUGCCAGGAAAGGGAACAGAAGCUCCAUUGUCUUUUCUCCCUAUCUUACCAUUGGUUUUUCUUCAUCUGGUUGUUCAUCUGUAUCCUUUGUAAUAGCCUUUGUGAAAAACCAGCAACCUAGAAAAUAAAUGGUUUUCUAUCAUUCUAUGAGACAUUCUAGUAAAUGGUCAAACCCAAGAAGGGAGGUGUGGGAACCUUUGAUUUAUAGCCAAGUCAGGCCUAGGGACCUACUACCUGUGGUUGGUGUGUGAAGUAGGGACAAUCCUUUGUGAGACCAGACACUGACCCUGUGUUACUGUCAGAAUUGAAUUGAUUUGUAGGACAGCCAUGUGGUGCUGGAGAAUUGGUCAGUGUGGAAGGAAAUCUCCACAUAUCGUGGACAUCAGCAAUAAUGAGGAAUCCAGAGAAUUUAGAA